AAGUAAGUACCCUUUGACUUGGCAAUCUAGUAGUCGUAGACUUACAUCAAAGUUUGACAAAUACAUUGGAAGCAUCUAUGUGGGAAACAUGGCGGAGGAAUUAAAACUUGAAAACAAAAUGGCUUCUGGCUCUAUUUUACAGGUCAUGCCGGACAAAAAGGCAAAAAAGAAGAAGAUUGUCAUUAUGGAACCAAAUGAACAUAUUGUAGCAGACAAAACAAAAGUAUACCGUAAAUCAGUUUUCCCUGGAAUUCGCGAAAGUAUGGAUCUGGGGCUAAAUUCUCGUAGGCAAUCUUCGACUGGCAAUUUACUCGGUAGCCUAAUGAGCUCAGGUUUCCCAUCGAUGGCAUCUAGACGGUGGACCAGCCGUCGAAGUACAAUGUACAAGUCUCCACGAUUUCAAAACAAUUAUCGACUAGAAUCUCGGAAUCCUUUCAUUCGUGAACGAGUUCAACUAAUUGUUGAGAGAUAUCUGACUGCUUUCGUAGAACAACACAAGUACAACCCCAGACGUGCCAAACGGCUGGCUGAAAAUCUGAGCGUAGAUCUUCGCGACCUAGUGAAACGGUGCGGCUUUGAACGGUAUCGGGUUCUGGCAGUAGUGACCGUUGGUGAUAGAAACUCUCAAGACUUCAAAUCAGUCUUACGCUUCGUAUGGGAUGCUGAAAAGGAUGGAUACGUGAACGUAACUUACGAAACUCCAACAUAUUUUAUAGUGGCCACAGUUUUUGCUGUAUAUUAUGAAUGAGUAGAAAUGCAUACAAUAAUGAUUUCUGAAACAGAAACGGUUUUAAA